UUUAGCAUUUCUUCCACAAGGCCCGACAGAAUGGCUCCGAAGCGGUCAAGAAACUCAGUCAAAGUCCGACACCAAGAAGAGUUGAGCAGGGAAUUACGAAAACGCAAAAUUACUCUCUUCAUUCAGCAAGUUGAGAAAGAAGGUUAUACGACGUGAACUCCGUUCCUUUUUACUCGUUCAGUCGUUGUCCAUGUCUCAAUGCCUUAUUCAACUUUGACACGCAGCACAAGAGAGAAUGUACGAACUGGAGAGCAGACUGGACAACUUGUUGGCAAAUAUCGACAGAGUGUUCAGCGUGGAGCUGAUGAAGUUUCCGCCCUCAAUUCGAAAGAUGCGCGUUGGGGAUUCUUUGACUGAAAUGUCAGCCAGCGAGGUGUCAUUAGCCGUGUGGGAGCAGGAGUCUCCCGAGAUGAAGUGGCGGACCCUCGAGAGGGUGCCCAGCAGAAGAGGAAAAUCAGUUGAUCCCGUCUUGGUUCAACCCUAUUCGACUGGAAAGAACUCUCGCAAGAUAACAGCCAAGGGGGACAAAGGAGCAAACAAAAGCCGGCCUUCAACCGGCAGCAUCAGCGCGGGAAAUCUGGGGGCUUUGGCGAGCGCCUCGAAAGGACGCCGCUGGACGAAGCCCUGCGACGAGGCCGUGCCGUCCAAACGGAAACUCAGGUCCGUGUUCUCCACGGGGGACUUGGACUGCUCAGUGGCCGGAUCCUCCGCACACAUCACUGUAACCACAGGACGGGGACAGACCAUGUGCUUUUCUGAAGAAACCAAGGACAAAAUCGACUACAACUUGUUGGAUGACGUGGCCUUGGGUCAAGUGCAGAAACUUUCGAAACUGAUAGAAUACGUGUCGGGAAGAGGCCGCUGGCAGAAAUGAAUCACCACGUCUCUCUCUUCUUUUACCCUCUCAGUGUGUCUUGUUUUGUGGUUGGGAUAUUUUUAUAAUAAAGUGAAUUAUUGGCACAA